AUGGAUUUCACCUACAACGAAUUUCCAAUAUCUGUGGACCUAAAUACCCUCAAGACUUAUUUCGAUCUGAAACAAUGUAAAUUUCCAAAAUCUUUGGCAAAAUCCCUUCAUCUGAAUCUUGAAGAUACCGAAGGUUCUACCGAAGUUUAUCAACCCAAAAGUCUGCGGCAUUUGGUAUUGGAUUUCUUACUCGAAAAUUGGUGUGACAAUCCCGUCUACGAAGAGUUGACCGAACCGAAGGAUCGCAACUACAUUCUAAGCAACUUGGAUGUCAAUCUUCCGUUAAAGAUUUUAUGCGCCCACAUUCGUGAUGAUUUCUUUUGGCGUAAAGCGUAUCAACACCGUUGGAAAACCCUUUACUACCGGACGCAUAGCUAUCCCUUGACAAAAUCAUGGCUUAACAUUUACAUGGAACGGCAUUUGCAGGAGUUCAUCGAAAAUCUCCCCACCACGGAAUACGAACAGGAAAAUGUUCAGACAACGGUGUUGGACAUUUGUGGGGGUUACAUAAAUCAAUUGGAGAUAAACUACCUACAGCCCAGCAUGGAUGGCAAUAAUGAUCACAUUCCACUUGAUUUCAUUUUGAGUAAUCUACCGGAAUUGCAUACAUUACGGCUGACAUAUUGUACGAAAACUAUUGGAACACAAUUCUAUUUGGGCUGUAAUACAAUGUCACGCAAGGAUGCGAAUAUUUUGGCCAAGGGUUUGGCCCAGUGUCAUGAGUUGGUGAAUUUUUGCUUCCACAACACCACUCUGGAACCAUAUCAACUGGGAUUAUUUGCUCACAGCCUCGAUAAGGGUUGUCACCAUCUCACCGCCUUGUCAUUGGAACACUGUAGUCUGGGCGAUGAGGGGAUACGGCAAUUUCUGGGUUCCUGUAACAAGGAGUCUUUUGGCACCUUGAAAUAUUUGGACUUGACAAAUAAUAAAAUAACCUCCGAUGGCGCCUACAUUAUUGCCCGCGUUAUCAAGAAUUUAAAUUUAGAGAAAAUAAGUUUACGUCUAAAUCCAAUUGGUAGCGAUGGUGCGGCAGCCAUCUUUGGUAUUUUGGAUUGUUUGCCCAUGAGAAAUGUUGAUAUUUCUGGAUGUUCUAUUACCGAUACCAUAACAUUGUUGUUCGUUAAUUUUCUAUGUCAUAAUCGGACAUUGUGGUAUAUCGAUAUGAGUAAUAAUGAAUUGGGAAUGAAUUUUGGUGAACAGUUGCUAAAUGUCAUUGAUCGCAAUAAGCAUUUGAAGGUGUUGGAUCUGAGAAAUACUGGCCUAACAUUGGAAAUGU